GUUUCAGGAGCGGCCUCAAGGCAUUUGUUGAUUUGCGAGGUUUCGCAUACUGCGCAUCGUCUGCUCCGCAAGUAAUUUUCAGGCGUACCUUAAUUCCUUUGAUUCUCAUCAGUUCGGGUAACCCGCGGAGCCAGCGCGCGCGUUAUUAGAAUCCAAGGACCGGCACCUUUCUCGACUCAUCGUGCACUCGCUCUACCGGACCACAGGAGACUACUGCGAGACACAAUGGCACCAAACAGUAUGCCCGAAGAACUAGGAAAAAUAUUCAGUGUGAUAGACGAGAACAGAGACGCCAUGCUACAAUCGCUCAAGGAACUCGUGGCCAUUCCCAGCGUGUCGGCAGACAGAGCUCACCGUGACGAUAUUGUGAAAGCCAUGCACAUGGUCAAAAAGAUGAUGGAGGCCGAAGGCGUGCGCGUGGACAUGCAGCCCCUGGGCGACCAGGCCCUCCCCGACGGCACGACGCUGCCCUUUCCUCCGUUGUUGCUGGGCAGCCACGGGGAUGACGCCAACAAGAAGACGGUGUGCAUGUACGCACACCUGGACGUGCAGCCCGCGAAAAUGUCCGACGGCUGGGUGAGCGACCCAUUCGUGCUUCAAGAGCGCGACGGCAAGCUGUACGGCCGUGGUAGCUCCGACGACAAGGGACCGGCGCUCGCCAUGGUUUGGGCGCUGCACGCUUACAACAAGGCCGGAGUGCCUCUGCCGGUCAACCUCAAGUUCCUGUACGAAGGCAUGGAGGAGGUCGGUUCUCAGGGCAUCGUGCCCUACCUACGGUCCGACGGCAAGAGCAAGUUCUUCGAUGGCAUCGACUUCGCCUGCAUCUCGGACAACUUCUGGCUCGGCACCGAGAAGCCAUGCCUCACGUACGGACUCAGAGGGAUAACAUAUUUCGACAUCGAAGUGGUCGCCGGGACACACGAUUUUCAUUCCGGCCAACAUGGCGGAAUAACGCACGAGGCCAUGUCCGACCUCAUGGACCUGUUCGACAGUCUAUUGGACGCUACGGGGAAAAUAGCGGUGCCUGGCAUCUACGACGACGUGCGCCCCGUGACGGACCAAGAACGCGAGCUCUACCGCCGCAUCGACUUCAAUCUCAAUGAGUACCGUUGGGAAAUGGGUGCCUCGAGACUCGCCCACGAGGAGAAGGUCGAAACGCUGGUGAAUCGUUGGCGUCAGCCGUGCCUCUCUCUGCACGGUAUCUCGGGCGCUUACUCUGAUCCCGGCGAGCCGCAGUUGGUACCGACCCACGUGCACGGCAAGUUCUCCAUCCGCACGGUUCCCAACCAACAGCCGGACAAGGUGAAGGAGUGCGUCACGAAACACCUGGAGCAACGCUUCGCCCAACGAAACAGCCCGAACCGCCUCAAGGUGACGAUGACUCACAGUACUUCCACAUGGUUCACGGACCCAAGGACGCCGCACUUCAAGGCUGCUGCGGCUGCAGUUAAACACGUGCACGGUGUGGAGCCCGACCUGACCUGCGAAGGAGGCACCAUCGGUACUGUUUCGGCGUUGCAGGACCACGUGUGCCGCAACACGCUGUUGAUGCCCAUCAACUGCUCGGGCAGCGCGGCGCAUGCGCAGAACGAGAACACUCGUCUCCGGAACUACGUCAACGGAGCAAAGCAAUUCGCUGCUUAUUGGUACGAGGUCGCAAAGCUCCAUUGACUGGACCGGACGACAUGGCCCAGAAAUCCGCCGUAUCUCCAAGGGUUUUAUUGCCGACAAAAUGUUUCUGCGCUUACGGGCCGGUAGCACACUUUAAACACUCACCUCUCACUUCCAGCGUUCAAUAAAACAGCGCAAUCGGAAUAAAUUUACAGGUAAUACAUUU